UUCCUCCUUUCGGGCCUUACACAUACCUUGCUAUGUCUUGCACAACCCUCAGCCGGAUCGCCAUCCAUAUACGAGGUCAUCGACGCUGUGCUUCCAGGAAAAGUAGCCUUCCCGGACACGGCAACGUAUAAGUCAUCAAGUGUUUACUGGUCGGGGAGGCAAAACCUGGAGCCUUCAUGCAUUUUUCUUCCAGCUUGCUCCGAGGAUGUUUCAAAGACCAUUAGGCUUGUCACCAAGAACAACAGCCCCUUCACCAUUAGGAGUGGAGGGCAAACCGCAUUCGACAGAGGAUCUAACAUUCAGGAUGGGGUCGUCAUCAACAUGACAUCGAUGAACGGCAUCCAAGUCUCACCCGAUCGAUCUACUGUCUCUGUCGGACCUGGUGCUCGGUGGAUCAAUGUCACCAACGCCGUAACGCCCCAUGGAAUCGCGGUCGUUGGCGGUCGCAGCCCAAUGGUCGGCCUUUCAGGGUUCCUACUUGGCGGUGGCAUGUCGUUCCUCACCGGCAGGCGGGGAAUGGGCUGCGACAACGUUCAGGACUACGAGGGCGUGCUCGUGUCCGGCGAAAUCGUCAACGCGAACCCAUCGGAGAAUCAAGAC